AUGACAAGACCUCAUUUAGCCAGCCCCGUGACGCCUGUUUCUAUAGGCUCGCAUGGGGAAACAUCUCCAGCAAGGAAAAGAGCUGUGGAUGGCCAAGCACAACCCAGAAAGAGAAAUAAGCCAUCACUAGUAUGCUCCAAUUGCAAAAGAAGAAAAAUUAAAUGCGACCGAAGGCUACCCUGUUCGUCUUGUGUGAAAAUGAAAUGUGGUUACGAAUGUAGCUAUGAGCCGAAAUGGCAGCCAAUGUCAUUUGAAAAGGGAAAAGAGCUGCCUCAUUCACAUACGAGUAGCUCCUACAUUGAUUCUGCAGAAAAUGAAAAUGAAAAUGGGUCGGAAAAUCUAAGUAUUUCAAGCAACUCAAAAUGGCUGGGAGUGGAAGUACAGGCUACGUCAGAGGAUCCUCUUGCCUUCGAGAAUAGCUCUACAAUAAAACCGGUGGUCCCUCUGUACAUUAGUAAGGAUGAUACGCAUGAAAUAAAUCCAACUGGCGCACCAGAUGAAACCAUUAACUUCUUUGAAGGAUACGCACCUUUCCAUAUUAAAGAACCAUUUCGCAGAGUUAGCUACGGUCCCCUCUCAUGGGCCUCAUUCAUGAAGAAAGAUCCUUGGUUGUUAGUGGUGUGGAUUUAUGCUCAAACUGAAAAAACUGAAUUUCCUUGCUUGCUUUUUGCAGGACCAACCGAAGUAACCAACGAAAAUAUUAAAGCCCUUAAUGCAGAUCGCAAACUGGAAAACCCCGAUAUUGCUUUCAGAAAAAGAGCUUUGGAAAUAGAUGGCUACGAAGAACUAGCUCCCUUGAGUUCGCUCGAAAAGCAUAACUCUAUUCUGGAGCAUGCUUCAGUACCAAGUACCAUCAAGAAAGAAUUCAAAUUUGAUAAUGAAAGUAGAUUGGGUCAGUCAACAGUUACUCUUGGUCAAAGUCUCUUUCGAGGAAAGAUUAAUCCAGAAUUAGAAGUGGUAUCCCAAUUUAAGGCUAUUAUACCCAAGAAAAAAGUAGCAUGGAGUCUUAUGAAUCACUUUUUCAACCACUUAUACUCUACCAUGCCCUUUUUGGAUGAAGAAGAUUUCAAACAAAAGAUAAGUUUAAUUAUAGGACCUGAGAGUAUGGCGGAUACGCCAGUAGAAUCGGUGAGGGUAGUAAAUAAGUUAGACUUGGCAAAUUUGUGCAUUCUUAUGAUUGUCUUGAGGCUAUCGUACUUAUCUUUAUUCAAUAAUAAAAAUGCAAUCAAUGAGAAGAUUUUGAAGACUAACCUCGCAUCUGGUGAAAAAUCACAACCAGAAACUGAAUAUUUGAACUACUUAAUGAAACAUCCAAUUAACUUAUCUGCCAUUGAAGUUGUUAAAAAUACACUUCAUAGAUUUGACAUUGCAAGAAAGACAAAUAUGACUGUGUUUCAAUGUUUAUUAUUUGUGAGGUUAUACCACAUAUAUGCACCCGAAGAAGGAGAUGGUCAUGACGGUGGAGAUUCUAGAGUCCUGACUGCUAUUCUUAUUCAAAUGGCGAUGAGUUUGGGAUUGAAUAGAGAUCCGGACAAUUUUCCAGAUAUCUUCAGAGAUGAAAGGCAGAAUAAUUUGGGUAGGAAAAUGUGGUGGUUCCUUGUGAGAGAGGAUUUGACUUCAUACCUAAGUAUUGGUAACCUGCCUACAAUUUCAAUGAAGCAAUAUGAUACUAAGGCCCCAUUCUAUAAAGAAGGCAAUGCGAACGUGAACAAGAUUGACUUGGAAUUGGCUACAAUUCAAAUUUAUAAAUGGUUCAUUACAAGGAUCAAGGAUAUCAACAGAGUUGUUAGUAUGACAUCAGAUGUUAGAGGUAAUACCCGCGUUCAAGAAUUAACUGAAGCAAUCACUUUACUUGAGAAACAGGCCAAUAACGAAGAUACCUUUGAUGGACCAUACAUCGGUAUUCAAACUGAAGUUAUGAUGAAGACUUAUGCAUCGGUAAGAAUGAAACUUUUCUUGUUUCUCAAAAGUUCUUUAAUUUCGCUAGUUUACCAUUUGUACCUUUACUACGAAGAUAAACUAAACUAUGAACUCUCAUUCUUUUAUCUUAAGAAGUUGUUGAACAUCAAUUUGUAUUAUAUCUUACCUGCGACCUUUGACGUGCUCUGUGGUAAGCAUAGCAAGAACGCUCUAACAUUGAACCCAAUAUUGCAAUUAGCUAUGCACAAGGCAAAUCAAGUUAAUAUAGCUGCAGGGGUUAGAGUUGGCUAUUUAGUCUAUAAUUUGGAAGCUCUGCUGGAUCACGAAAGCAAACUUACCUCCGAUGUGAACUAUAAGCUUUACUUUCAAGAGUUGAACAAUCUAUACAAAGGAUUUGUUCAAUGUGGUGGACUCUAUGCCAGCACAUUUGCAAAACUAGCACUGAAGUACUAUUACGCUUGGAGAAUUUCCAAAGCACACGAUGUUUUAUUCAAAAUUUUGACAACCAAGAGGUUUUAUCAAGGGCUACCAAAUAAUGUACGCAAAAUGAGAUCUUUCCAAUUUAACACGCCGCAAUUACAAGAGUUGAGUAAAGUGAUGAAUCAUUCCAAAAAAUGGUUGGAUCAAAUUGUUGAUUUCGAGGAGUUGCAAGAUACACCAGUUGCAUACUCGAUACCAACUAGCUUAUCAUCAAUCACCGCUUCUCCUCCAAUGUCUAAUUCAAAUGUUAAUCAAACCAGCGGAUAUGGCCAAAGUAAUAAGGAAAAUUCUUCUGGUAUAUUGCAAAAUAAUGGAAACAUGCCUGCAAAUGAAAAUCCAGCAUUCCCUACUGAAGAUAUUGAUCAGAUGUGGCUCCUGAUGAUUGCGAUGAGAAACCAAGGAGAUUUCCAGAAUGGAAUAUUUGGUGGUUCUCAAGCGUAUCCUCAAGUUGGACAAGGCGGUGCAGGGCAGCCAUUUGUUCCAAAUCAACUUUCGACUCAACAUACGCAAUCUCCUAUAUAUGAACAGGACAACUCGCAAGUGUUAAACCUUGUUACUAAACCUGAAGCAUCACAACAGGGCACCUUCUCAUACAACGAAAUGUACCCAUCUAAUAGAAACACUAACAUUUUUGAUAAUGAAGUCACACUUGAUGUGCUUGAUAAUAUGCUCCUCUAA